AUGUCCCUCCUGCUGCUCCUCCUCUUCAAUUUCGAGCUCCUUAGAUUGUCCUCGAGUUGUUACAUGAUCCUUUUCUUUCUGCGCAAGAAGAGCUUGGAGACUGUUGAAGCUGGAGAGUAG